AUUAUAACCGCGACACGUCCGUUUCCCCGAUCAAACGAGACAGCGACACGAGAAAGAAAGGAGUUGCCUGUUAGGAGUCAAUUGGAAGCUAGAACGCCAUGACCAGCUUGUGGGAAACGAGCAAGAAGAACGUCUUCAACAAUCCGGUCUUCCCAGGGAAGCAGGAGAGGCGAAAUCGCCUGCGCCAGCGGCUCUGGAAGCGACCAGAAUAGCUGCGAGUUUGGCUCGGCCAAGUACUACGCCAUCUGCGGGUUUGGAGGAAUCUUGAGCUGCGGACUCACGCACACGGCACUGGUACCUCUGGAUCUGGUGAAAUGCAGGAUCCAGGUGAGCCUCUAGCCCACAGAGCUGGUAAAUGGCUGGUGUGAGACACACACAAGAGGUCCAUUGACCUCAGUCUGUGUGUCUAACACGCCACUGUACAAGGAGCAGUGUGGACCCGGCCAAGUACCGCAACAUGUUCCAGGCCCUGCGCCUCACGGCCUCUGAGGACGGAGUACGAGCUCUCGCCAGAGGGUGGGCCCCCACUCUUUUUGGCUAUUCCAUGCAAGGCCUCUUCAAGUUCGGCUUCUACGAAGUCUUCAAAAUAUUCUACGCCAACAUGUUGGGAGAGGAAAAGACGUACACGUAUCGUACCAUGCUCUACCUGGCUGCCAGUGCUAGUGCCGAGUUCUUUGCCGACAUUGCUCUCUCUCCCAUGGAGGCUGUAAAGGUCAGAGUCCAGACAGGCAUCGGCUGGGGCCACACCCUCCGGGAGUGCGCUCCAAAACUCUACAAAGAAGAAGGCCUGGGAGGGUUCUACAAGGGCCUGCCUCCACUGUGGCUGCGCCAGAUCCCUUACACCAUGAUGAAGUUUGCAGCUUUCGAAAGAACAGUGGAGUUCCUCUACAAGCACGUGGUCCCAGUCCCGCGAGACCAGAUGAGCAAACAGGCUCAACUGGUUGUCACCUUCGCAGGAGGCUACAUUGCCGGGAGUGUUCUGUGCCCUCGUCAGCCACCCAGCCGACACCGUUGUCAGUAAACUCAACUCGGAGGCUGGGAGCACUGCAGUGCAGGCUGCAAGGGACCUUGGCAUGAAAGGUAUAUAGUACACAGCGAAAGCUCUGAAUUAGGGGCACCUCAUAGGGACAUUGCAUGUGUCCUUUAUUCAGAGGUAUCAUAGUAUAGAGACAAUACCAAGUGUCAUUUAUUCGGAGGAUCAUUUUUCAGAGGUUGCACUGUGCAGCUUUUCCUAACCAGUGGCAUCACAAUGUGUGUACAUGUGACACCCUGCAGGGCUGUGGAAGGGUCUGGGGCCCCGUAUCCUGAUGAUCGGGACACUGACUGCUCUCCAGUGGUUCAUCUAUGACACAGUGAAGGUGCUGUUCCGUCUGCCCCGCCCA